AUGGAAACGUUGCUCUUUGGUUUCACAUUCACUAUAUUCAUUCUAUCACUAUUCAGUUGCUCCAAAAAUGGCUCGAAAUCACGAUCAACGUCGUCGGACGUGAAGAACGGCGAAAAAACGCCGAAAAAUUGCAAAACCGAGGAAGCCAACAAUAAAAUGAAGGCGGCAAAGAAACCGUCAGACGAUGAAGAUAUCAAAUUCAAUAUCAACAUCAAAAAGGAUGAGAAGAAGGAUGACGUUUUCGAUGACGACGAGGAGAAUCCCGUUGCCAAAUUGGAGCUGCGCAAAAAGAAGCCGCCGUCGACAGCGACAACGCCGAGCUCGAAUACGCCGAUCGAGAAAAAAUCGCAAGUGGCCGUCUCGAAGAAGCCGUCGAUGGAGAAACUCGGCGGCGAGCAGCCGGUGUUGGCCAUCAAUGAGAAAGCCAUCGGAAUGUCGUGCUACGUUCCGGUCGCGGUGAGAAUCGCCGACUAA